AUGCAUCCCCAAAUAUCACUGCUUCGCCCUGGGUUAUCCCGAUGUAUGGGUGAGAAGAAUAAACCCAACCCGGAAAGCUUGGACGAAAGCCGUGAUCGUGUGUCAGCGAAUGCCUUUGUUAUACAUGGUGAAAAGGGACCAGAAAACAUCAUGAGGGUAGAUGCCAAAAGAGAUUUGGGCAUCUGGGUCUCCUCAAACUUUUCCGUCUCACUACAGCAUGAGAAAUCAGCCCAAAGGGCAUUCGCCAUUUUACGGAUGAUCCGACGCACACUCUCCCGUAUCACUCGCAUGGACUUCCAAAUACUCCAUGGGGCCUACAUCAGACCGCUCCUGGAACUCGCCAACCAAGUUGCCUACUCAGGACGUACGAUAGACUUCACCCUUAUCGAGCGUGUCCAGCGGGCCGCUACGAGAAUGGUUGCCGGCCUCGAAUCCGUGGACUACGAAACGCGUCUCGGAAUGCUUGAUCUCUUUCCCCUGGAGUACCGUCGCCUCCGAGGGGACCUAAUUCUUACCUACGCCCUGUUUGAACAAAGCUUGACAAACAGGUUUUUUACCGUUGACCCAGCAAACACCUGGCGGGGACAUAACGAGUUUCACGAACCAGCUGCGGAAGCAACGAAGCCAUGUCCUGGUUUGUCAGAACGCCAGCCAAUCGGCCCCGAGCAUUUUCAGCUCGACGCUCCUCGUCCCCUCACAAAGAUUCCAGCGGAUGUUGUGGUGAAUGCAGUUGCAAUAAUUUUCCCUCUCCAAAAUCAAAUUUCCACUGGAGACGUUCACAUGGUACGGAAACGGCCUGUCGCUCGCGAGCUGGUCACGCGGGCCUCAGCGGUUUUACCGUCUUUCACAGAUAUAUUUGAUGAAGAAACAUUUUACCUAUUCUUUGCCUGUCUAGUCGUUUUGUCUUUUGUGGUUGCAUUUACCGCCGCUUGGUAUUUCGAUCUUACAGUCACUGAUGCUGGUGACUUGGGCUCUAAGAAGAGACGAAGACGAUCAAAACUCAGAACGCCAAGGACGAACCCAGCUUUUUCACAUUCCUCACUUCAUGUGUCCGUUGACCCAGAAGUGAUGACUCGUGAAAUUUAUGGCGUGGGAGUCUCCCUGAGCCCCAGCGCUGAACGUGCUUUGGAUCCCAGUCCGGUUAUCCAGUUCAAUCAAGCCCAGUGCCUCUCGGUAUAA